UAAUAAAAUCCAACCCUGUGCUGCAGACGGUCAGUUGUCUAGGUCUGUGCUGCAGACGGUCAGUCGUCUGGGUCUGUGCUGCAGACGGUCAGUCGUCUGGGUCUGUGCUGCAGACGGUCAGUCGUCUGGGUCUGUGCUGCAGACGGUCAGUCGUCUGGGUCUGUGCUGCAGACGGUCAGUCGUCUGGGUCUGUGCUGCAGACGGUCAGUCGUCUGGGUCUGUGCUGCAGACGGUCAGUCGUCUGGGUCUGUGCUGCAGACGGUCAGUCGUCUCGGUCUGAAUCCUCGUCAUCUUCAGGAUGAAGGUGUGUGUCGUCCUGUUGUGUGUGUGUUGUCUCUGCUGGAGGACGGAGGCUCAGUCCAGAUCGUAUCUGAUCACAGCGCCGCUCUCUGUGUGUGUGGACGCUGUGGAGACGGUGCUGCUACAGUUGUUCGGGUUUCCAGAGGAGGUGACGGUCCACGUGUUCUUGAAAACCUCCAUGGCUCCGGACCACGUGGUUCUGGCUCGAGAGGUCGUGGCCCUCAACACUCAGAACCACCAUCAGGCCGCCGCCAAAGUCCGGCUGUUCCCAGGUCAGCUGGAUAAGAGCGUGAGACAUGUGAUCCUCCACGUCCAAUCAGCAGAGAUCAACAAGCACCUGUCGAUCGCUGUCAGCCGCUCCAACGGCUUCCUGUUCAUCCAGACGGACAAACCGCUGUACACCCCACAUCAGAGUGUCAAAGUAAGGGCAUUCUCCCUGAACCAGGAGCUGAGACCGGCCAAUCGCAGCGUCUUCCUGACAUUCAAGGACCCAGAUCAUAUGACAGUGGAUAUUGUGGAGAUGGUUGAUGUCAAUAAUGGAAUCCCAUCCAUGCAGAACCCCUUCAAGAUCCCCAUCAAACCAAAGUUGGGGCUUUGGUCCAUUGAAGCCUCCUACUCCGGUGACUUCACCACAACAGCGAGAACAGACUUUGAAGUUAAAGAAUAUGUUCUGCCCAGUUUCUCCAUCCUGGUGGAGCCCGAAGCAAACUACAUCAGCUUCGGACGCUUCAACAAGUUCAACCUCAAGAUCUCGGCCAGGUAUCGGCAUGGUGCACCUGUGGCUGAUGGAGAGGCCUUUCUGCGCUAUGGCUAUGUGAGCGGAAAUAAUCCUCCAGUCAUCAUCCCCAACUCUGUCACCAGAGAGAGAUUGUCCUCGACAGGCGAAGUGGACGUGACUGUUAACAUGGAGGCGAUUCUGUCCAAACAUAACGGACCAAAAGACAUCAACAGCCUGGUGGGGAAGUACUUGUACAUAGCUGUGCUGCUGCAAGAGGACACAGGUGGGAUCACUCAGGAGGUGGAGUUUGCUGCCGUGAAGUUCGUCAAAUCACCUUACAGUCUGAGCCUGGUGUCCACGCCCCCCUUCAUCAAACCUGGACUUCCUUAUAACAUCCAGGUGUUGGUGAAGGAUCAUCUGGGCAAGCCGGUGAACCGGGUUCAGGUUCGUUUGGUGGAGCGGCAGCUGUUCAAACAGGGGAGUACGAAUGAAGACAUGCCCUGUCCCGACAGUGCCAACAGCCAAUCAGAUGGCCUUGCUGUCUUCAUCUGCAAUACACCGAGGGGAGGAGUCAGGGCGGUGCUGAAGUUUGAGACGGCAGACUCCGCCCUCCCAGCCUCCAGUCAGGCCAGUCUGAGUCUGCAUGCGGUGGCGUAUCACUCACCGAACCAGCGUUACCUUUACAUCGACCCCCCGCUGCCCGGCCAAGGCCUGGCGGUGGGAAACUACGCCAACAUCAAGGUGUACUCGGCCACGCCCACCUACCUGCCCGUCAGGGCCCUAAGUUACCUGGUGCUCUCCAAAGGGAAGGUGGUGGAUUUCGGCAGCCACACGUUUGUCUCCAGUGCUGAUCACAAACAGACUCUGAGCUUCAAGGUCACGACCUCCAUGGUCCCGUCCAUCAGACUGCUGGUCUACUACAUCCUGUACGGAGAGGGGACGUCCGAGCUGGUGGCCGACUCCGUCUGGCUGGACGUCAGAGACAAGUGUCUCAGUGGACUCAAGACUGAUCUCUCAUUUCGGAGGCGGAGCUACAAGCCAAAGGAAAAGCUCCAGCUGGACAUCAGGACCAAUGAGGAGGGACUGGUGGCUCUGUCUGCUGUAGACUCCGCCCUCUUCACACUACGACCGAACUACAGAGACCCCGUCGCCAUGGUUCUGCGUCACAUCGAGCAGAGCGACCAGGGCUGCGGAGGGGGCGGCGGCAAAGACAGUGCUGACGUCUUCCGGUUGGCCGGACUCACAUUCAUCACCAAUGCCAAUGCCCGGCCGUCAACCAGCAGUGAAGUUUGCUCAGCGGCGAUUCGUCCAAAGAGAGCGUUGACUGAGGAACAGAAGAGGAGGAAAGUGGACAGUUACGGUCGUCUGAAGACCUGCUGUGAACGAGGGAUGAGGUACAUCCCAAAGAGUGUCACCUGCCUCCAGUUCGCCCUGCAGACCUUCAGUAAACACCGUGUCUGCAGUGACAUCUUCAGGUCCUGCUGCGAGUUCGUCCAGCAGCACCUGGACCACAACCUGGUCCUGGGACGCCAUGACAUGGGGCCGGACUUCGACCUGGUUCCCUCUUUGGUGCGGAGCUACUUUCCUGAGAGCUGGCUGUGGGAGGUGCAGCGCGUCAGUCCAGGCGAGGUGUCGGUCAGCAGAACUCUACCAGACUCUCUCACCACCUGGGAGAUCAAAGCCAUUGGCAUGUUCAAGACCGGUGUGUGUGUUGCGGAGCCAGUGCAGGUGUCAGUCAGUGUGCCGCUCAGCGUGGACGUCCCGCUGCCCUAUCAGCUGGUCAGAGGGGAACAGCUGGAGGUGACGGGCUCCGUGUACAACCAUCAGCCCGACAGCGUCACGUACUGCGUGACGCUGACGGCCGGCUCGGCGAUCUGUCUGCUCCGGGCCCAGGAGGCGGCCGGGGGGGCGGGGCGGCGCUCCACGCCCUGCAGCUGGAGCCGCCUGGCCGGGGGUGUGGUCGGCAGAGUGACCUUCACCCUGCUGGGCCUGCAGCCCGGAGAACACACCCUGACCUUCACCCUGAGGACCCGGCAGGGAGGCACGGACGUCCUGGAGAAGAAGCUGCGGGUGGUGCCUGAAGGCAUCAGGACCGAGCGCUUCUCCGGCGGGACACUGGACCCGCAGGGACUCUACGGUUCGGAGAGGAGAACGGUGAUGCUGAAGAACCAGCUUCCGACCAACGUGGUCCCCAACUCGGCCGUGGAGCGGAUGCUCACGAUCAACGGUGAAGUUCUGGGCGACGUGUUGUCUGUGAUGCACGACCCCGAAGGUCUCAGGCAACUCGUCCACCUGCCGGCCGGGUCGGCGGAGGCGGAGCUGAGUGGACUCCUCCCCCUCGUCCACGUGUAUCGGUACCUGGAGACGACGAGUAGCUGGGACGUCCUGGGAGCCGACGUCCACAAGAACUCCGCAGAACUGAGCCGGAAGAUCAGAGAGGGUCUGGUCGCGAUCAGCUCCUUCAGACGUGGAGACUUCAGUUACAGCAUGUGGAUGAAGAGAGAACCCAGCACCUGGCUGACGGCUCUGGUUCUGAAGACCCUGUCCACGCUGGACCCCCUGGUCCCGGUGGACCACCAGGCUCUGUCCCUCUCCGUGUCCUGGCUGAUCCGCAGCGCUCAGCUGCCCGACGGGUCCUUCAGCGACGCGUCCUCCUUUAGACCCAACAGACUCACGGUGGCAGGAAGCAACGCCAUCGAGCGGUCGGUGUAUCUCACAUCCUUCGUGCUGAUUGGCUUGUUCAGAGCCACGAGCAUCAGAGACAAGAUCCUACAACUCAGAUUCCAUGACGACAGCAUUAGGUCUGCAGCAAACUACAUUUCCCACAAUGCCCCAGGUGUCAAGAGUGUGUACGUGCGAGCCGUGGCGACCUACGCUCUGACCCUUCAUGACCCCAGCAGCAUGGCGGCCUCACAGCUGCUCAGCGUCCUGGAGACGCUGGCCCGACAGAAAGGUCACCCCGCGGUGCUCAGGUACUGGCAGGAGUCCAGCGUGACGGCUGAUUGGCUGAACCCGGACCAGUCGAGUGGCCUGACGGUGGAGACGACGGCGUACGUCCUGCUCACCGUCCUGCUGAAGGGGAGGAUCCAAUACGCCAACCCCAUCGUGGCCUGGCUGACCCAGGACCAGCACUAUGGAGAGGGGUUCUACUCUGUACAGGACACCGUCCUGACUCUGGAGGCGUUGACAGAAUACAGCAGAACCGUCCCGCGGGCCGUCCUCAACCAGGACAUCAGCCUCAGCUACAGCAGGAAGGGAUUUCUGGGACGGGUCCAGCUGAGCCAGAGCCGGCCUGUGGCCACGCCCAUCCAGGUGACUCAGGAUGAUGAUAUCACCGCUUCCACAGGUUAUGGGAGGGGCGUGUCCACCGUGAAGCUGAAGACAAUUUACUACGAGACCAGAGCGUCAGAACAGAGAUGUCACUUUGACGUCACCGUGGAGAUGGUCGGAGCCGACGCCUCCCGAGAGCCCAGUCUGAGAGAUCCUCACCUGGUCGCCUGUGCAAAGUACAAACCUCCUCCUAACGAGGUCUACACAGAGUCGGGUCUGACCGUGAUGAAGAUCCAGCUGCCGACAGGUGUGGAGUCUUACCUGGACGACCUGCGACAGUUCCGAGACGCCGUCGAGCCGCUGAUCUCCCACUACGAGCUGCAGGGAAACACCGUGGUCGUCCAGCUGGACACGGUUCCCUCCGACGUCUUCCUGUGCGUCGGGUUCCGGGUCCGGACCGGGUUCAGGGUGAGCGGAGCCGGCGAGUCGCUGUUCAGCAUCUACGAGCCUCAGGACAAAGGCAGCGUGUGCACCAGAACCUUCUCCUCCCAGGAGCAGAAGCUGCAGCGCCUCUGUGUGGGCGAAGAGUGUCAGUGCAUGACAGCCGCCUGCUCCGCCUACAGAGGAACCGUGGACCCGACGCUGACGGUGGCCAAACGUCUGGAGGAGACCUGUCGUCCUCACGUCAGAUACGCUUUCAGGGUCACGGUGACGUCGUCAGCAGCAGAGGGAGACUUCAUGACCCACAAGGCCACAGUCACAGAAGUUCUGAAGAACACAGAGAAGGAGUUUGAAGCGGUGAGUUCAGGUACAGAGGUGGAGCUGGUAAAAAAGGCCACCUGCAGCUCUGUGGACGUCCAGAACCAGCGACAGUACCUGGUGAUGGGAGCAAGCGGGUCAGAGGUCACGCUCAGUCAUGGCUUCAGGUAUCGUCUCCCUCUGGACGCGGAGGCCGUGGUGGAGCUCUGGCCGACAGACUGUACUUCUCCGGGCUGUGGGGACUACGUGUCCCAGCUGGAGGACUUGGCUCUGGAGCUGCAGUUGUCCAGCUGCCCGGUCGCGUCCUGACUUGUUUCGUGUCACUGUGUCUGACUCAAAGGGAUUAAAAACAGAUGUGCUCACAGUCA